GUUGAUAUUCUGUAUACUGAGGAGGAAUUGAAUGAGAUUUUGAAUUCAAAAUUUGUAAAAUUUAAACAUAUUAAUAAUUACUAUAAAAUUUUACAUGAUGUAGAAUGGUUUAAAAAGAACAAAAAAAAAAGUAGGCUUGUUAAAGCAUCUAAAAAUGAAUUUGAUGAUGAACUAUUCUCCCAGAACAUGGAAAAUAAAAUAUUGUACAGAGUUAAUAAUAAUUCUGAGCAAAACAAUUCUAAUAUAAAUUUUGAUAUGUUAAAUAGUAAUAUGA